CUUUGAUCCACGCCUGGUUACAAAAAAUGUUGUCGAUCACAGUUCUUUACUUCCUUGUGCUUUUAGUUUGAGAUCCUUUUACCUUCUGAUUUCAAUUUCUAUUUUUUAGGUUUCACCACGAAUAUAAGAAGCUUCCUUUCACUGUUAUUUAUUCUGCUGUUUUAUUCAAGAGCUGUUUAGACUGAGAGUCUCUAAUGAUGAAGAUCUGCAGUCAAAACAUGAAGCGCUCAGCUGUCAUAGUCCUGAUGAUCAACAGCUUCUGUACCUUUUCACAAAUUCCUCAUGAUAUCAUGUAUGUUGUGGGCUGCUUUGAGAACGGGACAUCUGAGGUACACUAUGAAUUAGAUUCUGAGGAGAUGUUGUACAUGGAUUUUGACAGAUCUGAGAUAGUUUACACCAUGCCCAGAAUUUUCGUGGAUGACCCAAGCACAUUGUUUAACAAUCAGAGAGUAUUUCGUAAUGCUAAUAAAAACAAGCUUGUCUGUAUGGGAAUACUUCAAUACUUAAAAGCGGAGGAUAAAAAUCCACCAGAAGAAAAAGACCCCCCUGAGAGCCUCCUCUACCCUGCAGAAGAAGUUGAGUUUGGAGUUGAAAACAGCCUCAUCUGCUUUGUGAAUCAUUUCUACCCACCUGAGAUGAGAGUCAGGUGGACCAGAAAUGGUCAUCAGGUGUCAGAGGGGGUGUCACUCAGCCGAUAUUUCCCCAAUAAAGAUCAAACCUUCCACCAGUUUUCUACACUGACGUUCACACCGAGGGAGGGGGACAUCUACAGCUGCACUGUGGAGCACUCAGCCCUGGAAAUGCCUCAAACAAGGAUCUGGGAACCUGACGUUAGUCAUCGCAGUCUGGGAGCAGAUGUUUACUGUGGAGUGGGCCUGACUCUGGGCUUGUUGGGAGUCGUAGGUGGAACAUUUUUAUUUGUUAAGGGACACCAUGGACAGUAAUUCCUCUGCUGUAGAGAGAUUACACACAUAAAAUGAUGAUAGCACAUACAUUAUAUACAAACAAUAAUCUAGGACUGUACCCUUUCCUCCUGUAAAAAAUCACACACAAAGUAACAAUAAAGUUCAUGAACUUUGGGUGUCAUUUACAUGUAAACACAUUUUAAUAUACUGUACAUAUGCCAGAUUAUAUUUUACUUUGACGAUACACUUUCUGAAUUUAAAAAGAUGAUACAACAGACUUCCUUCAAUACAAAUACUGAAUUCAUGAGCAAUAAAAUGCAUCCUCCAUUUUGUCUGGUAUGACCAAUAGCUCUUGAAGGCUAGUGCUAUCUAACAACAGACUUUAAAUAAAUAGAUAUGUGUAUAUGAUAUCACUGACUGUCAACAAAUUGUUUUUUACACCAAAACAAACUGCUGGUCUGAAUAAAUUGAAUUUCUUUCAAAUUAAUUUUAAGCUUUGUUCUCUGUUUGCCUUCUUAUAACAUUGUUAUGUAUUCAAACAUUACUAUGUGAUAUGCUGUUUGUAACUUUAAAAAGAAGAUAAUUAUUUUCUCUAAUAAAACAAAAACAUUGUUAUAAACUGCA